AAAGGUUACGUCAAAAUGACAUUUAGUUCAGUGCUGAAAAAAUUCCUCCAAAAAAAAUCAAUUAAAUGCGAGUUUUUUCCGUUUUUCCUGGACAAUUUCGCUCUCCAGGCUCACCAAGGCACGCGUGAAGUGAAAUGUGCGUAAGCAGUGACACGGCGUAGUGUACGUGUAGUGUGUUUGUGAGAAAAAUCCGCGCGUAGAGUGCGAAACGAAGGGAAAAGAAAGAAAAGGGGGCGAAUUUCCUUUUAUUUUUUUGGGGCGGAUGCCACAAUCCCCGGGGGAUUCCCGUGAAUUUCACAACCCAAGAGCACUUUGGCGAUUGCGUGCCGUGCGUCCGGGGGCACCACGGGCUGCGGGUGGCAGGUGCAAAAGGGCUAUUGCUGCGGCUGGCUAAGACGGGGCAAAACGAGGGGGGUCGCCCUUGAAAAUUUUUCCCAAAUUCCGCAGCGCAAAAGACGCUUCCGGAGCAAUGAAAAAGAUCUUUUCCAAGUUUGAGAAGAAUGAGAAACUGGAGAAUGCCACCACCAGGGAGUCCACCAACUACAUCGGGAAGACAUUCGUGGUGGGACGUGCCACGGUCACGGUGGAAGACAUUCUCGCGGAAGGGGGAUUCGCGAUGGUCUUCUUGGCCAAGUCUACCAAUGGAUCGCGGUACGCAUUGAAGCGAAUGUAUGUCAACAAUGACUAUGACCUCAAUGUGGCGAAACGAGAAAUCCAAAUAGCUAGCAACCUCAAUGGGCACAAGAAUAUCAUUGGGUACAUCGAUUCGAGCAUUAGCCACACUGCAAAUGGCGUGUACGAAGUCCUCCUGCUCAUGCCAUUCUGCAAGAAUCACAUGCUGGCAAUGAUGAAUGCCCGCCUGCAGAGUGGCUUCACCGAAUCCGAGAUCCUUCAGAUAUUCUGUGAUAUGUGCGAGGCCGUGUCGCGCCUCCACCACUGUCAGACCCCAAUCAUUCAUCGUGACAUCAAAGUGGAGAAUAUCCUGCAGAAUGACGCCGGGAAUUACGUUCUGUGUGACUUUGGGUCGGCCACAGCGAAGAUUCUCAAUCCAAACGUGCAAGGGGUCACAGCGGUGGAGGAGGAGAUUAAGAAGUACACAACACUGUCCUACCGAGCACCCGAAAUGGUGGAUCUGUACACAGGGAGGAAUAUAACGACCAAAGCUGACAUCUGGGCACUCGGGUGUUGCCUGUACAAGAUGUGCUUCUUCGCAUUGCCCUUCGGUGAGAGCACACUCGCCAUUCAGAGUGGGAACUUUGUCAUUCCGGACAAUUCAAAGUAUUCACGGGGUCUCCAUAAGCUCAUCCGGUACAUGCUGGAACCGGAUAUGGAGAAACGACCCAAUAUCUAUCAAGUCAGCCAAAUUGCAUUCACCCUAGCUGGCAGGGAUAAUCCCGUGCAGAAUCUUCAUAAACUCCCAGCACCGUCGCUGGAGAAUUUGCCAGAUCCGCAAUUUGAGGCGGAUCAGAAGAGAAAUUCCGCUGCCCAGGCAACGGUGAAGACACCAAAAGCAGCCACAGUGUUGGCGCCAGAGAGUGGAACGAGUGUUGCACCACGACAACGACCUAAAGCCAGUGCCUCACAUGCUGCCGCUGCUGCUGCACCUGGACAACUUCCCAUUGCCCUACCACCGAGUCCAUCGCCGCGGAAUACCCUCUCGUCGCCAAUUCCCGCGGCGGCGGCGUCGUCGGCUAUUGCGGAGGCAGCCAAUGAGGGGGGUGGUUUCACGGCACAAUUCAGUACGGCCUUCCCGUCGAGUGGGGUUGCUGCGGAGGAGGUUGGGGUGGUUGGGGGUGGUGGGAUGCAGCAGCAGCAGAAGGCGAAUACGGGUGGGGGGAAGGUGGAUGCGAAAGUGGAGCACCUAGAUAGCCUAUUCCAAACCAAUUAUCCGGAUCCAUUUAGGGAAUCAGCCGCAGCGCUGCCCGAAGGCGCCAAUCCGCCGGGAAGCUGCGAAAGCUUGCCGCCCGUGUCGACGUCCAAUCAAGAUGUUAUGGGACCCCUUGUUGGUACCCCAACGAAACCACCACAGAUGCUAGUCACUCCCAAAGUUGGUCAUCGUCGCAACAUGAGUGACACGUCAGCCUUUAACAAGGUUUAUGCUUCGGAAACAUCUCAAUUUCUCGCCCCAUUCGAUCCAUCGGGUAAAUCGCGUCAGGAUUCAACGUCCCCCAUUGCGGCUGGUGUUAAUUUUUCUUCUGAACAAAAUAUGCAUUUUACUUCGAAUGUUACAACAACAGCAACAACGACAACAAUUAGGCAGCAUCCAACGGAUCUCUCCUUGUCGUCUCCAAUCACGGAGAAGGGGAAAUGCGAGAAGAUCACGCGGAAUGUGGCCACGUGGAAUCCAUUUGAGGAUUCCUUCAGUCAAAUGUCCGAAGAUCACAUCUUUGGGGCGGAAUUUGAUAAGAUACGUCAUCAAGGAAGUCAGAGCAGUCUCAAUAAUCAAGUGAAGACACCCCCGGGGAAUCCUGCUGUGGCUGUGCCAUCAGCCGCAUCAAGUGGAUCAGGGCCGAUUGAGCGUAUGAAUAGUGAGGAGAAGUGCAUGUCUGAGGAUGAUCCCUUUGGAUCGGCACCAUUCAGCCUGCCCGUGGUGCUGCGUGAGAAGGCAAAAGCAGUUGCGGCAACGACGAAGAAAUCUGGAGCACGCGCCAAGCGAUGGACACUGCAGUCGGACGUCCAGACGUCACCUAGUGAGAUUAAGACGUCCCUGCUGAUGAUGGAUACUGAGAGUGGGGAGGAUGAGGCUGCAUUGAGACCGCGGGAGAAUGGUGGGGAUGAGGAUAGUGACAAUGAGGAUAGUUUGCUGGCGGAGAAGACAUUCAACAGGACCCCGUUGCAGGAUAGGACGAAGUAUGAGAAGCUCAAGUCGAACUACGUGACGUCGGAUGAUAGUGAUACGGAAUUCAGUGCAGCUGGUGGCGGGGAGACGGUAAAGAGGAUCUCCUUUAAGCAGAUCGUUGCGGGGAAUAUUCAGGAGAAGCUGGUGAAUGUGUACCAGAAGGUGGAUAAGAGUCACCUGGGGAAGGUACCGAUUGUCCGGAAGAUUGUUGUGAAGACGAAGAAGAAGGAGAAGGAGGGUGGUCAGAGGGGUGGCGAUGGGCAGGGACGGGCAGAUGGUGGGGAUGAUGAUGAUAAAGAUUCAAUUGGAUCUGCGAGUGAUUUGCGUGCGGAUGAGAUGCUUGAUGAGUUUGAUGUGAAAAUGCCACCAAAUGUGGCCAAUCGGGUGCGUGGGCAGGAGCUUGAGGAUGGGAUUAGUGAGAGUAUCAAGACUUGUGGCUCCAGUGCCUACCAUGCGGAAUGUGAGAGUGUUACAACGCAUGAGGAUGAUGUGAGUCGUAUUGUUUCGGCAAGGAAGAAAAUCAUCAAGAAGCGCCGGGAGCUUCACCCGUCUGAAUCUGAUCAACUUUCCCCACCGGAUGAGGAGGAAGAUGACAAUAUUCACAAAUACGGUGAUCGUCCACUUCUUCUGGAUGAUGAAUUGGAUUAUGAUUCAGAGAAUCCAGAUGAUCCCACAUCGCCGGAAGGGGAAGAAAAUGAAGAGAAACCACCAGUAGCAGCUGCAGCAGCUGUUGUGGAAGAAGUUGAUGUGUUUGCAUUGGCUCCGUUCAAACCACCCCCAGCUGUGACCAAGAGAAAACUCCCCACAAAGAGAAAUCUCUUCCCGAAGUAUUCCCCAUCAAUUGUAACACCCGAAACAAUCCCUGAGGAUGAUUUCCUCCAUCUCAAUGCACCGAUGAAGACAAAAAUGAUCACAUCGACACCCCUUAAGCCCACCCUGGAUGAAUUCAAUGAAGUCUCCUUCAAUCCUGGCACAGCAACCAUUCAGAGUGCCUCAAAUUAUGGUGUAGUUACGGUGCUAAAUAGUGCUCCACCCCAGCCCAGCAAGCAGGAAAUUCCAGCUCCUCCUGCUGCUGCUGUUGCUGCAAAACCUCCGAAGGAUCUCUUCGGAUCUGAACCAUUCCCGGAAUCUCUCAAAUCCGUGGUACACGUUGAGACGAAUAACAACCAACCAAAUGCCCUUGUAACCAUCAACAAUACAAUUGUUGUCAAUAGGCCCACUGUGCAGCAAUCAGAUACCCUCCAGAGAUUCCCAGAACGGCAGUCCUUCGUCCCACCACCAAAACACCUCGAUACCCUUCUCCCAAUUGCCGACAAUGAGUACGUAAAGUUCUCAAGCGAUGAUGGGCAGAAUUUGGAGGAAUGUGAACUGGAGACGGGCAUUGCCAAGAGCAAGUCCGAGAAGAAGAGCAGCAAAUUCCCGUAUUUGAAGGAGAAGUCAAAGAGCAAAUCCACGGAAAAGGUGAAAAAGACCAAGGAGACGUCCGGGAAGUCCACGAAGAAGGGUUCAAUGGCUGAAGAUUCCGUUGGGACGUCAGCAUUCAACUAUCAAAGCCUCAAGCGUGGCGUGAAGAGUGGCUUCAGCAAUAUGAGCUUCGAGGACUUCCCGUCGGAUCAGGAGGUGGAACAGGGUGGUGGGGCACGGAGUUCAACCACCCCCUUUGAGGUGGUGCGCAAUGAGAAGAUGAUUCUCGAGGCUGAAAAGAAGUUCGGCUCACUCAAGAGGCGAACGCAUCCGUUUUCUUGAAAGAGGGCCUCUUGGGAUUACCAAGAAAUUUCCUAAAGAAUUCCCACGAAAGAAAAAAAAUCAACAGCAUGUGCAUAAAAAGCUCAAUUUAUAUAAUGUGAAAAAAUUAACAGGGUGGUGCUUUUACUGUAUAUAAAGGGAAAAAAAUAAAAGGAUAUUUUAUUCUUCUGCAUGAAAAUUAAAAAAAAAAAGAUUUAAUAAAGAAAAAAAAUUGAAAAUUAAGGAUUUUGCAUAAAAAUUGCAAAUUUGAAAAUAUUGGGUUGUAUUCUGGCGACCAAGAAAUCGUUGGAAUUUCAAAAUAAAUUCUUAAAAUUUCAAGGAUUUCUUGGUCGCAGAAUACGAUCCAUUAUUAUCACUGAUAUGCCUAUUUAAAACCAAUUUGAAUAAAAGAAGAAAACAACAAAAAAAGAUCAUUUAGAUUAACAUUGAAGCUCAAGAGAAAGAUUCAGUAUAACAAACUGUCAGAAUCUUAAAAGAUUUUUUACAGAAUACCAAGAAAAAAUCUUAAAACUGAUGAAUUGAAAGAAAACAUUUUAAACUGAAUUAACCCUAAAAUUAAUUAAAUUUAACCCUUCGUAUACUAUGAGGGGUAGGUGACCGACCCCAGAGCUAUAUUUCGAUUAAUUGCGCCUAAGUUAUUAGAGGAAUAGAACCGAAUUUUUGGGAAUAAAGGCUCCAACAGAUGGACGAGAAAUUCCUCGUGCGGUGCGGUGCGGCGAGGUUUUCGGCCAAUCAGAAGCGAGAGAUGGCUCACACACUCUCACCGCACCGUGCGAGAACGUUUUUCGGCCAAUCCGAAGCGACGAAGGGCCACGAAAUCCUCGCCGCACCG